AUGGCCGAUCAACCAAAACCGCAUAAGAUUUCUGUUCCUAACGAGAGUCUCCAAGACCUUCAGCAACGCCUGGCACUUUCUAAAUUCCCAGCUCAGCUGGAGUCCUCCGAACAAGAUCCUUGGGAUUUUGGAACUCCAGUGAAAGAAGUGCAGCGACUCAUAGAGUAUUGGAAGAAUGGCUUUGACUGGCGGAAGGCAGAAGCCAAGUUGAAUGAGUUGCCCCAAUAUCAAACACAGAUCGAGGUAGAUGGAUUUGGUAGUUUGGAUAUCCACUAUGUCCAUCAAAUCAACAACAACAAGAACGCCAUUCCACUACUUUUUAGUCAUGGAUGGCCAGGAUCGUUUCUUGAAGUCACAAAACUACUACCGAUGCUAAAAGGUGACGACGACAGUCCCGCAUUCCACGUUGUGGCUCCAUCGCUGCCCAAUUUCGGCUUCUCUUCGGGGGUGACUCGUCGUGGGUUUGGCCUUGCACAGUAUGCCGAAGUCCUGCACAAGCUCAUGAUCAAGCUCGGCUAUGAUCAGUAUGUGACUCAGGGCGGAGAUUGGGGAUUCUGGAUUACUAGAACCAUCGGUCUACUAUACCCCGAGCACUGCCAAGCCUCUCAUAUCAACAUGGUGCUGGCCAAUCCCCCUCGAUUCACCGAUAACCCAUGGACAGCCCUGCAACACGCAUUGCUGCCGUACAAUGACCGGGAAAAGGCAGGUCGCGAAAGGAGUGAAUGGUUCGAACGAGAAGGCUACGGUUACAACCAACUCCAAAGCACCAGGCCGCAGACCAUUGGUGCAGCACUAGAAGAUAGCCCUGUUGCCUUGUUAACUUGGAUUUAUGAGAAGCUGCACGACUGGACAGACUCAUAUCCCUGGACAGAUGACGAGAUUCUAACUUGGAUAUCUAUCUACUGGUUUUCUGGAGCCGGACCCGCGGCUAGUGUCCGAAUAUACUAUGAAGCUUUUCACGCCGAGAUGGUCAAGGGAAAGACCUACCAGGACUUGAUUACAUAUGUCCCAGUUGUGAAGCUGGGAAUUGCGCACCUCCCUCGGGAAAUUUCCGUCAUUCCUUGUUCUUGGGCGGCUGGCCUAGGCCCGGUUGUUCUACAGAACGAGCAUCCCAAGGGAGGUCACUUUGCUGCUUGGGAGGUUCCCGAAUUUAUCGUCCAGGACUUGCGGGCCAUGUUUAGCAAGAAUGGUCCUUGCUAUGGGGUCGUUUCAGGGAAAGAUGGAUACUAA